AUGACGAAGACGCAGCAGCUCGCUCGCGUGCAUACGAGGUCCAUCGACGAUCCGCUCGCGGCUGCCAUUGCGCCCCCGCCCGACGAGACUCCUGAGCAGCGCGAGACCCGACUCGCGCAGGAGGCAGAGGCGAAGCGCAUCAGCGAUGACAUUGACGAGCGCAUUCGCGAGGAGAGGGCCCUAUGGAAGAAGAAAAAGGGUCUCUUCAAGCUGCUUCUCCUCGGACAGAGUGAAAGCGGAAAGUCAACGGUGCUGAAGAACUUCCAGCUCAACUUUGCACCGCAGGCGUGGCAGGAGGAGCGCAUCUCCUGGCGCGCCGUCAUCCAGCUCAACCUCGUCCGCUCCGUCAACCUCAUCCUCGACGCCCUCGCCGAAGAGCUCGCAGCAUCCAACAGCUCCCCAUCGCCCAUCCGUCCGCCCUCCGCCGGCCGCCCAGAUCCAAACAGCGCCGACAGCUCCCCCACAGCCACCGAGCCAUCACCGACAUCCACGUCCGCACCCCCCGCACCGCUCGCCUUCACGAGCAAGCACGCGUUGCUCAAGCUGCGGCUCGGGCCCCUUCGCCAGGUAGAGGCCGACCUCAAGCAGCGCCUCGGCGCCGCCUCCUCGGAGACGGACCCCGAGCCUCACUCAGCACGAUCGCCAUCACCCUACGGCGCCUCCGACGCGCCAUUCGAGAGCACGUAUGCCCACGCGCGGAACGUCCGCUCCCAGGAUCUGUGCCUUCGCUCGGGACGGUCCUUGCGUGAUGCACUGUUCGCACCGCAGCAGGAAGGCGGCAGGAUCCGCGCCGCGAGCCCGGUGAUGGGGAGGACGGGGUUGGACGAUGUCACGGAGAUUGUGGCGGGGUGUGGGGAGGAUGUUAGGGCGCUGUGGGAGGACGAGGUGGUUAGGGAGAUGCUUAAGAGGAGGAAGAUGCAGAUGGAGGAGAGCGGUGGAUACUUCCUUGACGACGUGGAACGCAUCGCCACGCGCACGUACGAGCCAUCUGAUGACGACGUCGUUCGGGCACGGCUACGCACGCUCGGCGUGCAGGAGUACAGCUUGAACUUUGAAAACACUGGUGAGUAUCCUGGCGUGGAUCGCUCAAUCUCAAAAGAAUGGAUCAUUUACGACGUCGGUGGCUCUCGAACGUCGCGCGCCGCCUGGCUGCCAUAUUUCGAGGACGCCAACGCGAUCCUCUUCCUCGCCCCGAUCUCGUGCUUCGACGAGACGCUCGCCGAGGAUAAGCGCGUCAACCGCCUCGAGGACUCGUUCAUCCUCUGGAAGAGCAUCGUCUCGUCCAAGCUGCUCGCCAAGUGCAUCAUCAUCCUGUUCCUGAACAAGUAUGAUUUGCUGUCGAAGAAACUCCGCGCGGGGGUCAGGAUCAACAAGUACUUGUCGAGCUACGGCGAUAGGGAGAACACCGCGCCUGUCCUUGCUAAAUACCUUCAUCACAAGUUUCGUGACCAGCACAAGGACUUUUCUCCGGAACCACGAUCGUUCUACGGAUACGUCACCUCCGUGGUUGAUACCAAGGCAACCUCAUCCACACUUGCGUCAGUGCGAGACGCGCUUGUACAAAAACAUCUACACAAGGCAGACUUUGUCUAA